UUAAUACCCAGGCUACUCGUGAGUCACGAUCAUCUCAUUGAAAUCAGCACCGUUUCAAAGUACGCAGAAAUCGUGAAAUACCUACGACAACAUUAUGAGCGACGAUCUAAAAAACAUGGCACUCGCUACAAAUUUAGAAGCAUUACGCUGUGCAAAUCAUGAUUUUUCGUUUUCUUUGUACAGGGAAGUGGCAAAAACCGAAACAGGAAAUAUAUUUUAUUCACCAUUCAGUAUCCAUGUAAUUAUGUUUAUGGCUAGCACUGGAGCAGCUUCGAAAACAUUUGAUGAAAUGGUUGCUACUAUACACCUAAAUGAAACUACUCAUUCACUGGAAGCAUAUGAGAAAUUAUUGGAAGACUUAACAAGUGGAAAUGAUAAUCUGAAACUGGCAACUGGAAUGUUUGUUGAUACAGCUUUCAAUGUCAAAGAUAGUUUUGUAGAAAACUCCAAGAAAUAUUUAAAAUCGUCUAUAGAAAAAUUGAAUUUCAAGAAUGACCCAGAACAGCAACGCCAGUAUUUAAAUAAUUGGGUUUUAAACGAAACCAAUAACAAAAUCAAAGAUAUAUUCCCUAAAGACUCUAUUAAUAAUGAUACUGCCUUAGUAUUGGCAAAUGCUGUGCAUUUUAAAAGUGCAUGGGCACAUCAAUUUAAGCAUGUAUACGAUGGCUCUUUUUAUGUAACUCCAAGCGACAAAGUACCAGUCAAAAUGAUGUAUCUCGAACGAGAUUUUCAGUACUAUCAUGAUAGUGUUCUAAAUUUCACUGCAAUUGAAAUACCCUAUAAAAACUAUGCUUUUAAAAUGAUCAUUUUAUUACCCGAUGCUAAAGAUGGUUUGAAUAAUCUGGAGAAUGAUAUUUCAAAAUUUAAAUUACAUGAUAUUUCAAAGAAAAUGACCCAGCAUUACCUUAGUGUAAGAUUACCUCGUUUCAAAAUAGAGCAGUCACUGCAAUUAGAUGAAACAUUAUCCAAUCUUGGAUGUCCAACAAUGUUUUCACAAGCGGCAAACUUUUCUAAUAUUGUUGAAGAUGGUAAACUAAAUGUGAGUAAAGUCUUGCAUAAGGCAUACAUUAAUGUAGAUGAAUUCGGAACUGAAGCUGCAGCAGUUACAAUUGCUAUCCAAUAUCCACAGCAGUGUGUAAUGUCAUUUAAAGAUGUCAAUGUUGAUCAUCCGUUUAUGUUUUUUAUUUCAACCAAAUGUAAUAGCAUUAUAUUUGUAGGUCGAAUGACCAAAAUUGAUUAAUAAACAUAAAGUCUUAUUAAAGUGAAUUUUAUCAGUUAUCCAAAUUCAACAGCAGUGUGCAAGAUCAUCUAUAGAUGUCACUGUUGAUCAUCCAUUUAUGUUUUUUAUUUCAACCAAAUGUAAUAGCAUUAUAUUUGUGGGUCGAAUGACCAAAAUUGAUUAAUAAACAUAAAGUCUUAUUAAAGUGAAUUUUAUCAGGUAUUCUAUUUUAUUUACAACAUUAAUUAUUUUGUAUCACAAUAUUAUAAUAUUAUUUUGUUAUGGAAUUUAUGAGGUAUUGAUUUGCAUUAAUUUAUUUAUUAUUGCAUUCAGUUCUUCUUUUUUAAAUUUAAUUAAGCAAGUGCAUUCUGUGUAUUUUUAGAUUAAAAUAAAAUGUAUGUGUUUUGAUUUUUUGAACUUAAUAACCUUUUAAUUGUCAGUCUUUAUAUUGUUAUUUCUUUUAUUGAUUUUAAUUGGUUAUUAAUUGAAAGGAUUAUUAUCAAAGCUCGAAAAUAGUUUAUUUAACAAUAUUAAAGUGAAUAAAAUAAUUUAUAUAACC